CAGACAUCCAAAUAUCAUUGCAAUCUUCUGUUAUGCUGGUUUUGCAGACUGUGAAAUGACUCAGAUUAGUUGUACUUCUCUAUUAGCCAUUGUUGUGUAAAAAAACAACAACAAAUGUUCCUUGCCUGUGGCCUGUCAUGAGGAAAUGGGUGUUGCAGUAGGAGGUGUUUUCUGAGAUGAUGGUUUUUGCUUUUCUCAAUGUCACUUGCAGGUGUAGUACAGAUCCCUUAUUCUUUGCUUACUGUACAUAUCGUCCCUAAGGCUGAUUAAUUGUUUCUCUCAUAUAUUUACUCAAGUUGAUCUGUUUUAAUCUAGUUUGGAAAAGAUCCUAACAGAAAGAAAAAGCAUGCUGGACUUUUGUCAGUAUCUCUAAGCUUACGGGGGAAAGGGAAGGUUGAAAUGCAAUAGCUGAACCACAGGAAGCGAAAAGCACAAGCAUGGGCAGUACAUUCGGAACACUUCCUGUAUUUUUAGGAUUUUGGAUUUACAAACUUUUUAUUCAAUUACAAUAACUUUGACAGGCAAGCCUGACACACCAAGAGAAUUGACCUGGUCAUAUUUUUCUUUUGUCUGGCACGGAGAAGCUGAAUUCACUGAACAUGUUUUUUUGUGAGGCUUAUGCAGACGCAAGACCUGAGCUGUUCUCUGGGACCAGAACCCACAGUUUAGACCGGACAAUGGACCUCGGUCUAGCUGAGGACCACUUCUCAAGGCCUAUGGGUUUGUUUGUUGCAUCUGACAUUGAGAAGCUGAAAAUGGCCAUAGAGGAGUGCAAAAAGCUGAUCUUGGAGCUGCCAGAACACUCAGAGAGACAAAAAGACACUGUGGUGAAGCUUAUCCACCUCCGUCUCAAACUGCAGGAACUUAAGGACCCAGAGGAGGACGAACCUAAUCUGAGAGUCCUUUUGGAGCACCGCUUUUCCAAGGAAAAGAGCAAAAGUGUGAAACAGACCUGCGACAAGUGUGGCGCCAUCAUCUGGGGCCUUAUCCAGACGUGGUAUACCUGCACAGGCUGCUAUUAUCGCUGCCAUAGUAAGUGUAUGAACUUGAUCACCAAGCCCUGUGUCAGGGUAAAAGUCAGCCACCAGUCGGAGUACGAGCUCAGCAUCUGCCCUGAGAUCGGACUGGACCGACAAGACUACCGCUGUGCAGAAUGUCGGACACCUAUUUCACUGAGAGGCGUGCCCACUGAAGCCAGGCAGUGCGAUUACACAGGCCAGUACUACUGUAGCACAUGCCACUGGAACGACACCGCCAUCGUCCCAGCUCGUGUCAUACACAACUGGGAGUUUGACCCACGCAAGGUCUGUCGCUCCUCAAUGCGUUACCUUGCCCUGAUGAUCGCACGUCCUGUCCUGAGGCUGAAAGAAAUCAACCCGCUGCUAUUCAACUUUGUGGAAGAACUGGUUGAGAUCAGGAAGCUCCGUCAAGAUAUUCUGUUGAUGAAACCCUAUUUUAUUACCUGUAAGGAGGCCAUGGAGGCUCGGCUAUUGCUACAGCUACAAGACCGUCAGCACUUUGUGGAGAAUGAUGACAUGUACUCACUUCAGGAUUUGAUUGACAUCUCCAGUGGCAGACUCAGCUGUUCCCUCUCAGAGAUCCACACCACAUUUGCUAAGCACAUCAAACUAGACUGUGAGCGUUGUCAGGCCAAGGGAUUUGUGUGUGAGCUGUGUAAGGAAGGAGACAUACUGUUCCCGUUUGACAGUCACACCUCCGUCUGCUACGACUGCUCUGCUGUCUUCCACAGAGAUUGUUACUAUGACAAUUCCACAACUUGUCCACGAUGUGCCCGAAUGACUGACCGCAAGCAGGACGAAGUGCCAAAUGUGAAGGACACAUAAGUCUGGAGAGGACCACCUGAUGUUUCUGGAUGUUGCAUUGUGCCUCGUGUUGUGCUCUACUCAAUCAACAGCAGAAUAGCUUUUCGUCCUUGUCCUGGUUUGUUUUGUGCAUAUGUUGAUAUUGUAGUGUCUUUAUCUUCCUGUGCACUAAAUGAUGAAGCUGGGUACUUAGAAACCCAUCUGGAAAUGAAGAUAUAUAUACACAUUUUUUUUUUUAUCCAACUUCUUGAUUCAUACUGAAACUGGAUGUUCUGAACACUGUGUAUAUGUUUGUGUGAGUGAGUUAUGUUAUUUUGUGCGUCUGCUUGUAUAAAUGUAUAAAAUUAAUGCCCUAUAGAGAAAAGCCACAUCAACAGGGUAAUUAUGCAUGCAGGAGUUGUUGUAUAUUUACCAUCACGAUCCUUGACUACUUUAACCUAUACUGCCAACAUCGCUGAAGCCUUCCCUUUAAGGUUGCCACAUAUAAUAAAUGGAUAAUAACUUUAGCUUUAAAAGACUAAUUAACAAAGUAAUAUUAAUUAGAACUUUUCGCGUUCGCUUCCAUCAGGCAGUUGAUAUUUAGGAGAGUUACCUAUUAAGCUAUCAUUUACAAGCAGCAGUUUAAUAUAAAAUAACUAAAACUGCACAAUAUUUAAUUAGAUUACAAUAAUAAAUCAAAUAAAUAUAUUAGACUAUCUUAUCAUGUUCAGAUAUUGGCAACAGGCAUCUUACAGCAUGCAUCACCAGUAUAUUUUCUUUUAGGAAGAAUUAUAGAGCUAAACAAAUAAUAUUGAAGUUAAAUGUGCUUUCCUUUAUUCAACACUGUGAACUCAUUUCAGGCGGUUUGUUAUGUGUUUAAUCUGUUCAGUGCAGUGAAUAGCACAUGGUUGUGAAGACUAAUGAACGUUGUGUGCCUAAGAUAGUGAGGUUGCAUACAGCUGUUAUCCAAACGUCUUAAUACAUUUACCAUCAUGUUAAUGGUUUCAGUCUUAAAUUACCUAUAGCACAUAUUGUCCAGAGAUGUCAGAGAUUUUAAGUGACAACUUUGAUAAUGUGUAAUUGUUGACCUCAAGUAUUUGUUUUAAAAUAAUGAUGGCUGUCUUAUCUUUCAGCAUGAUGUACUGUAUUAUUUUUUUCAAACUAAUGGAGUUGGUAAGACCCAUGCCCUGUUGUAUAACAUGUUGAGUAUAGUGCAUGAAUAAAGUAAUGGAUGCAUUAUAA